GGACGGUCGUGGGGGGCGGGAAGCGCUUCGCGGCAGCGGAGCCCAUGUCGGCCCUGAGGCGCUCGGGCUACGGCCCCAGUGACGGCCCUUCGUACGGCCGCUACUAUGGGCCCGGGGGAGGCGAUGUCCCGGUGCACGUACCUCCGCCCUUAUACCCUCCUCUUCGCCCGGAGCCUCCCCAGCCUCCGGUUUCCUGGCGAGGGCGCGGGGGCGCCCCGGCCGAGACCACCUGGCCGGGAGAAGGCGCAGGUGGUGAUGGCUACUACCCUUCUGGAGGCGCCUGGGCAGAACCGAGCAGAGCCGGCGGAGGCCACCAGGAACAGCCACCAUAUCCUGGCUAUAACUCUAACUACUGGAAUUCUGUACGACCUAGGGCUCCGUACCCAAGCACAUACCCUGUGAGGCCAGAGUUACAAGGCCAGAGUCUGAAUUCUUAUGCAAAUGGAGCCUAUGGUCCACCUUACCCUCCUGGCCCUGGAGCAAGUACUGCCUCUUACUCUGGGGCUUACUACGUACCUGGCUAUACUCAAAGCAAUUACUCCACAGAAGUUCCAAGCACCUACCGUUCACCCGGUAACAGCCCAACUCCAGUCUCUCGUUGGGUGUAUUCCCAGCAGGACUGUCCAACAGAAGCACCUCCUCUGAGGGGUCAGGUUCCAGCAUAUUCUGCUUCACAGAACCCUGGAAUGACCUUGCCCCAUUAUCCUUAUGGAGAUGGCAGCCGCACUGUGCCACCAUCAGGAGCGACCGGACGACCACAAGAGGAUGCAUGGGCUUCUAGUGCUUACGGGAUGGGAGCCCGUUACCCCUGGCCUUCAGCUGCCCCCUCAGCCCCCUCUGGGAACCUGUACAUGACAGAAAGUGCUUCACCAUGGUCCAGCAACAGUUCUCCUCAGCCGCCUCCUUCACCCCCAGCCCAGCAGCCUAAGGAUUCCUCGUACUCCUAUAACCAGUCGGGUCAAGGCAUGAACCGGCACAGCUUUCCUUGCAGCGUCCAUCAGUAUGAGCCUCCGGGAGCAGUGAACAGUGAUAAUUCAGACCUUUUGGAUUCUCAAGUCCAAUACAGUGCUGAGCCUCAGUUGUACGGUAAUGCCAGCAGUGAACAUCCCAGCAGCCAAGCUCCGAGAAAUAGUCUCCCAGAGGAGUGUUUCUCUUCAGAUGAAGGCACGCCUCCAAGUAUUAAAAAAAUCAUACACGUGCUGGAGAAGGUCCAGUUUCUUGAGCAAGAAGUGGAAGAGUUUGUAGGAAAAAAGACAGACAAAGCAUAUUGGCUUCUGGAAGAAAUGCUGACAAAGGAACUUUUAGAACUGGAUUCUGUUGAAACUGGGGGCCAGGACUCUGUCCGUCAGGCCAGGAAAGAAGCUGUUUGUAAGAUCCAGGCCAUACUGGAAAAAUUAGAAAAAAAAGGAUUAUGAAAUAAUUUGGAAUGCAGGGAAAGCCUGUUACCGAUUUAGCCAAAGAAGUCUUUGCUUUGGUUAGUUCCUGUCUCUUGAAAUGCCUGUGUAACAAGAAGCAACACAUUCCAACUUUCUUCUGAUCUAAAACUUGAAAGGAAAAAAAAUGCAAAGGCCGGCAGAGGAAUGGAAGAGCAGCAAUGACAAGAUUCUUUUCAGUUUUCAGAUGACUGAACAUAAUAGAAAACUGGAAUUAUCAGUAUUGCCAAGUAGACCUACUUCUUAAGAAACCCACGGUUGUCUGUAGGCUGCUGCUUACCAGAUCUCAGGAGAGAGAGAGACUUUAUGUAACAGGUUGUCAAAAGCCUAAUCUGAGACAAACAGGUUGUUUUGUAAGCAUCUGGACUAUCACAUUUUUGUGCGUUGUGACUGCAUAUACUUCAUGUGUAUAAUAUAGCUUAGACUCUUGGACCUCUGUUCUGUUUUCUUACCUGCAGGUCACAAAUGUAAUACUAUUCUACUUCUUCGUACAUUUUGUAGUAAUAUGUUUAAUAUAAUCAAAUAUUGGCAGCCAGAUAGAUGAGCAGUUCUGAAUGAAUUCAUAUCCUUUUACCACUUGACUAUUGCAGUGUGUAGUGGGCUCCUGAAGUCAUUGUCCCCCUUUCUGUGCAGCAUGUUCCGUUUCGUUCUUCCCACUUCUGCUUUUCAUGAUGGGGAAGGUGACAUUAACCUAAGAAUGACAGUGUUUGUGGGCAUUCUUUGCUUUCUUAUAUUUGGAUAAAGAUCCACGUUGAAAUUGCUUUUUUAAGAAAAAUAUCUUUUGGCUAUUGCGGCUUCUGUAGAGAGCCUUAUGAUAAAAACAUGGAAACUGAAGUGCCGCAGGUAGUAUAAAUAGUGACUGCAAAAAAGUAACUAUUUAAUAACACCAUUCUCCAUUCAGUAGAUCUGUGGGCCAGAUCUGAGCUCAGUUUAUAGCUGAUAGAAGGAAAAGAAGGAGAUUCACAUUCACGCUCAGGGAAUGAGUCAGCCAUAGCUGAAGUGGAAAAUUCAUUAUUUUCUUUUCAUUAAAAUUUGGUCUCUAUUUUGUAGGAUAAAUUGUAUAGAAUUGCCUGUUUCAUAAGAAAGGUGUUAUUUAUUAAUAACAGCCAAUUUAGAGCCAAGUUUAAGAAAGGGGCCGGUGCCGGGUUGUGGUGGUGCACGCCUUUAAUCCCAGCAGAGGCAGGCGGAUUUCUGAGUUCGAGGCCAGCCUGGUCUACAAAGUGAGUUCCAGGACAGCCAGGGUUACACGGAGAAACUUUGUCUCGAAAAACCAAAAAAAAAAAAAAAAAAGAAAGAAAGAAAGAAAGGGGCCGGUUACCUCUGGCCUUCAGCUUUCUUGGUUAACCGUGUAUGUUAUACAGAGACAGGUAAAUAUUUACCUUUUAAGCCUAAAGUGAGAUCUAGCAUAUAGUAUCCGCUUUUGCAACAAAGGCUGUUUCUUAGUAAAAUAUCAAAGUGAUACUUUUUUCUAGACUAACAGGCCUUCAUAUUAGUGAUACUAAGCCUAUUAUAGCCAUCCUUUCUCACAAGAAUCCAACAAAUGCCAACAUAUGAUGAGAAGAAAUGCAGUAAAAAUAUUGUCUAGGGGCUGGAGAUGUGGCUCAGCAGAGCGUCUGCCUAACAUAUAUGAAGCCCUGGGCUAAAUCCCCAGUAUUGUGUAAACCAGCUAUAGUGCUACAUACCUGUCUCAGCAUUUGAGAGAUGGACACGGGAAGACUGCGAGUUUAAGGUCAUCCUCAGCUACAUAAUAAAUUCAAGGUCAGCCUGAGCCAAAUAAGGUCCUGUCCCAAAAAGCAAACAGGAUAAGUAAUUCAAGAAGUGAUCAUUUUCCAGUAUAUAGUUUUUAAAAGAUUUUCUUUAGCUAGGAUUGGUGGUGUACACUUUUAAUUCAGGCAGAGGAGGCAGGUAGAUCUCUUGAGUUCAAGGCCAACCUGGUCUACAGAGCUCCUGAUUAGCCAAGGCCGCAUAAUGAGACACUAUCAAAUCCAUCUCAUCUAAUCUAUAUCUGUCUAAUCAAUUAUCUGUCUAUGGCGUAUGUAUAUGCUUGCACACAUGUGUGUGUUUUAUAUUUAUAAUUUUUAUUUUUGAGAUAGAAUUUCAUGCCAGGUUGGCCUUAAACUUUGCAUGUAGCCUAGGACAACCUAGAAGUUCUGGUCCUCCUGCCUCACUUUCUGUUACACAGGUAGGUGUGUGCCUGGUUUAUGUGGUGUCAGGCAAGCACUGUACUGAGGUAUAGCUGUAGCCCUGAUUCUCAUAUCUUGGUCAUAGUGCCAGGCUAGCCAGGAGUGAGAUCUAACUACCACUCCAAACAUUUUCUAUAAAAGUUGGACAAUUAAAAGUUUAAGAAGAGAAACCUUAAUGCCUAGCUGUGUUGGCAGUGAGACAGUGACAGAUUCAGAAGAAAACAUGUCUGCUUAACUUAUGCUGCUCAAGAUGCUGAUGUACAUCCUUCAUUUGUGCACAUGUACAUGUUACACAGAAAUGUACAUAUAUGUGUAUAUACCUUAAGUUAUUUUUUGAACUACUAACAUGAUUUUAAACUUACAGAAGAGUGGUAAAAAUAGCAUUCCUGUGUAUCCUCCAUUCACCUUCCCCUUGUUUUGGCAUCUUCUCUGAUGAAAACAUUUGUCAAAAUUAAGAGUUAAUAGUGCUAUUAAUAUUAGCUGAAGUAGCAAGCUAAAAGUAGAUACUUUUAUCUUUUUAGUAGCAUCCUCUUAAACUGUUCCAGAUCCUAUUUUGCAUUUGGUUGUCUGUCUCAGUAAGUCUUUCGCUCCGUGACGUUCUAUCAUAAGGAUAGCUGGUGUUGUCAUGUGUUCCUGGAGUGGUUCACAUUGAGCGCUCUGCUAAAGUGGUGUCUGCUAGGAUCCUCUGCUGUAAGCUUUACCCUGCUUUCCUUUGUAACUACUAAGUAUUUGCUAGAGACACUUUGAGACUAUGCAAAUGUCCUGUUUCUGCUUAGAGUUUGCCUCUUACUAUCUCCUGGCAGAUCUUGCUUGUGGCAUUUACUACUGUGGUGUUUAGAUGGUGAUUUUUCUAUUAUCAUUUCUUCUAUAUUUAAUAAUUGGAAUUCUUCUGGAAGGAACUGUGAUUUCUGGAUUUAUAUUUUUAAUUACAACAAGAUAUUCAGGAUAGGUAUAUACUCAGAAUUUAAAGAUGUAAAUUAUGUUAAUUGAUUCCAGUGGCCAGAAAAAAAAAAAAAAAAAAAAGGCAGCAUUUGUGACCUGUCUGUGAAAAUAUAAUGAAUUUAAGAAGGAAACUAGUAUUUAUGAUUUGUAAAAUUUGUUUGACUUUUGACUUGAACUUGAUUUGAAACUGAAACAAUUUUCUUUUGAAAUUCACAUCUAGACUUUUUAAAGGUGUCUAAAUUUAUAUUACUUUGGGGGUCAUUUUUGUGAAAAUCUUGAAUAAAGUUACCUAUACCUGGCAUGA